AUGAAGCAGCAAGGCAUGAACCUGAGCGAAAAUGAACGACUUGCUCCGGAGAACAGCCUUGCGUUCAUCCCUCUGUGCACGGCUGUUUUGGGGAUGGAUUUCUUCUCUCGGAAAGGUGACUAUGCAGCCAGCCUUGCAUUAGCUGUAGCUCCAAAUACACCCCACAGGCCACCGCAGCGGGCAGAGGGGACUCCUCGGGACCUAGUCCCUUUUUCCUUCCUCUAUUUAAUCGGCUCUACCUUUGUUUCAGGAGUAUCGACAUCGGGGGCUCUGGGCCCGGGGAGCACCACCGCCAGCACCACCGCACGGAUGGCCACCAGCAGCACCGGCCGCCCCACCACCACCUCGGCCUCGGGCAGAAGGAACAGGAGCACCAGCACACCAUCACCCAUGGCCGACGUCCCCGAUGAAAUGACCACGCACCUCCCAGCCUCCUCCUCCCAGCUACCACCAGCUGGUGCAGAGAGCUGCGACCCCAUGGAAGCCCGUGAUAUUAUGUGGUCUCGGACUCGGCAGGGCCAAGUGGCGAAACAACCAUGUCCCAUGGGCUCCAUAGGUGUUGCAACUUUCCGAUGUCUUGCGCCAGACGGGAUCUGGGAGCCCCAAGGACCUGAUCUCAGCAACUGCUCUUCUCCCUGGAUCAACCACAUCACUCAGAAGAUGAAGUCAGGGGAGAUGGCUGCUAACAUUGCCCGGGAGCUUGCGGAGCACACAAAAAACCACUUGUACGCUGGUGACAUCGCGUACUCCGUGUCCGCCAUGGUCCAGCUGGUGAACUUGCUUGAUGUGCAGCUCCGAAACCUGACUCCGGGUGGGAAGGACAGUGCUGCACGCAGCUUAAAUAAGCUUCAGAAAAGGGAGCGCUCUUGCAGGGCCUAUGUCCAGGCCAUGGUGGAGACGGUGAACAAUCUCCUGCAGCCACAAGCUCUAAAUGCGUGGAGGGACCUGAACGCAAGUGAACAGCAGCGCACGGCCACCAAGUUACUCGACACCGUGGAGGACAGUGCCUUCGUGCUGGCUGAUAACCUGCUGAAGACAGACGUUGUCCGGGAAAACACUGACAACAUCCAGCUGGAAGUUGCAAGACUGAGCACAGAUGGGAAUCUGGAAGAUCUGAAGUUUCCCCAGAACAUGGGCCACGGGAGUGCCAUUCAGCUGUCAGCAAAUACCUUGAAACAAAAUGGUCGAAACGGUGAAAUCAGGGUGGCUUUUGUGCUGUACAACAACCUGGGCGCCUAUCUCUCCACGGAGAAUGCCAGCAUGAAGUUGGGAACAGAAGCAAUGUCGACUAAUCACUCUGUCAUUGUCAACUCCCCUGUCAUCACGGCAGCAAUAAACAAAGAGUUUAGCAAUAAGGUUUACCUGGCUGAUCCCGUGGUGUUUACUGUCAAGCACAUCAAGCAGUCAGAAGAAAAUUUCAAUCCAAACUGUUCAUUCUGGAGCUAUACAAAGCGUACAAUGACAGGGUAUUGGUCCACCCAGGGAUGUCGCCUCCUGACAACUAACAAGACGCACACCACAUGCUCCUGCAAUCACCUAACCAACUUUGCGGUCCUGAUGGCGCAUGUGGAAGUUAAGCACAGCGAUGCAGUCCAUGACCUGCUCCUGGACUUCAUCACGUGGGUUGGCAUCUUGCUGUCACUGGUCUGCCUCCUGAUCUGCAUCUUCACCUUCUGCUUCUUCCGUGGGCUGCAGAGCGACCGCAACACGAUUCACAAGAACUUGUGCAUCAGCCUCUUCGUGGCAGAACUCCUCUUCCUCAUCGGCAUCAACCGAACUGACCAGCCGAUUGCCUGUGCCGUCUUUGCUGCCCUCCUGCACUUCUUCUUCCUGGCAGCUUUCACCUGGAUGUUCUUGGAGGGGGUGCAGCUCUACAUCAUGCUGGUGGAAGUUUUUGAGAGCGAACACUCCCGGAGGAAGUACUUCUAUUUGAUCGGCUAUGGCAUGCCUGCACUGAUUGUGGCUGUAUCGGCAGCGGUGGACUACCGGAGCUAUGGCACGGACAAAGUAUGUUGGCUCCGACUUGACACCUACUUCAUUUGGAGCUUUAUAGGACCGGCGACCUUGAUAAUUAUGCUUAAUGUCAUCUUCCUUGGGAUUGCACUCUAUAAAAUGUUCCAUCAUACUGCCAUACUGAAACCCGAAUCUGGAUGUCUUGACAAUAUCAAGUAA